GGAUCAACACACCGAACAUAUACGCUUUCUAAAACGAGACGUUCUGUUAUUGUAUUUUGGAGAUAAAUCACACUUGACCAAUUGGAAUCACGCGUUUAUCGUGCAUCUACUAAUUCUAUUUACGGAUUAUCUUGGCCCAAAAAAUCUCUCUUCCAGCAUUCUGAUCACGUGUGGCUUUUGAGAAAUUGUCUUUGCGUGGAAUCGUGGUGCAGGCGUAUUUCACAAACUAGUAGGCCUGGAGGGUUGGUAGAGUAAGAGCUGGGAUAUUCCGAUUGAGAGUAUGGAUCAGAGAGCCACGAUGGCGCAAAGCAAUAGGGUCGGAGAGACGAAUCUUGCGAGAGGCACACCGCUGGGCGCUUCAGGUCCAUCGGGCGUCUCGAGAAUGGCAGAUCCUCCUGGAAUACUGAGGAAUCCAGAGGCGAGAAAUUGGAAUACGGAUGUUCCGAAUCAUUUGCCUCAUGAAAAGGUUUUUCCGAUUCAAAUCGGGACCGAACUUUUCCGGUUGAGUGGUGCUAGUUUGAGUUCUGAUGCACCCUCAUAUUUUUCCCAAUAUUUUCAAUGCCAAUUGAGGCAAGCGCAAGAGAAAGGAGAAGAUCCAAAUACAGCUAUCAGGACCCUUUAUAUCGAUCGAGAUCCUAUCACGUUCAAAGACAUAUCACUUCAUUUGCAAGGAUACCAUGUUGCACCAAGGGAUGCAAGUCAUUUUGUUAAGUUAUUUGCCGAUGCUCAAUUCUAUUCAUUACCAAGGUUGAUCUCUCAGCUAUAUGAAGAAAAUAUCUUCAUAACAGUUGGAGAUCGAGAAUUCCAGAUUCCUCGCGAAUUAUUUUCCGAUCCCGGAAACAGUCCAAAUUACUUCUCCCUAAGCUUCACUAUCUUCUUUAGCUCCCCUACUGAGGUAUUUCCCGGCCUAAGCAGGGAAGGUCUUCUUCGACCACCAUCUAUUCUUCCCCCAUCAGUACCCAACCGCUCCUCGAAAACAUUUUCCGAAAUUCUUCAUCUUCUCCGUGGUUACCCACUUGAAAUCCGUAGUCCAGAACACCGUGCUGAACUCUUACGAGAUUGUCGAUAUUUCCAUCUCAAAGGUCUUGAACAAAAAUUAAUUCCCCAUUCUAUUUCCUAUAAUCUCCUACGCAAAAAAUCAGAAAUCACAAUCCGACUCGUGGAUAUCAGGCAAUCUGGCCUCUCUAUCCUAACAAAUAUCUCCCCAUCUACCGCUCCCGCUACCGAACCUCUCACCUCUCCACCCCCACCUCCAACACCAUCUGUAGGUUACGUACACUACCAACGUCCGUUUGCCGAUUCAUCGCCCUCCGAGCUUAUUCUCGAAAUAGGUGAUUCGGCUACACUGCUUCAUUGGGAUACUAUGCGCUUGGAAUUUUUUGGGGAAACGAAAAUACGGAUGGGUAGAUUGUUGGAGGUGGUUGCUACGAAACUUAAUCUACCGGGUAAACAACCCUUGGGAUUAUUGAUGAAAAAUGGUGGCGCGAGCAGCGAACCGGCUAGUCCGGGCAAGAGUGGACUGAGUGAGGAGAUGGUUAGAGUGGUUAUUGGAGAAGACUGUGGGGUGGUGUGUGAUGGGAAGGUGGUUGAUUUGAAUGGGGCUACAGAUGAAACUUCUAGUAUCGGUGGUCAAGGAAUUAGUAAAAAGAGGAGAAUAGGAGAUGGGAUUGCGCUUCCGGCAAAUGUUAACAUAGGCUCCGGAGCAACGAAAGAUGAAACUUGGAUUGUGAAGUCGGGACAGUGGAGGCUGAGGGUUCAAAAUCGUGGGGGUGGUUUGCAAGCAGCGAGGAUGGGAGUGGGAGUGGGUGUGGGGGAAAAGGCUUUGGUUAAUGGGAAGGCGGAGUGGGAAUGUGUGUUGGUGGCGGUGAGAUUGGAUGCUGUUAGUGGGGAACGGGGGAGGAAUUUGGGGAGAGGAUUUUUGGGUGGGUGA